AUGUCAGAAAUUUUAACUGCCAUAAAAGUUAUUAAAUUUUAUGCUUGGGAAACUUAUUUCCGUGAUCGUGUUGGUAAGGUUAGAACUAAGGAAUGGACUCAAUUGAUUACUGGUCUUGUUCUUAAAAUAUGGACAUUUUGUGUUGUAUUCGGUGCUCCCAUUUUGGCUAUGCUGGGUGCAUUGGAUUCUUUUGAACGUAUAGAAGAAUUUUUAUUAAGACCUGAAUUGGAUCCUUUAACAGAAGAAGGUAGUCCAAUAAAUGAUGAUCCGGCAAUCAAAGUUCAUAUUCAUGACGCUGAUUUUUCCUAUGAAGGGACCAACGGUCCGGCUUUGAAAUUUUUAACCAUGACAGUAAAACAAGGUGAAGUUGUUGCUGUAGUUGGUGAUGUUGGUGCUGGAAAAUCUUCAAUACUGGCUGCAAUUUUAGGUCAGCUUCGUAAAGAUAAUGGUACUCGAAAAAUUCGUGAAGAAGGAACAUAUGAUGAAUUAAUUAAAAAAGACGUAUCUCUCGCUUCAUUGAUUAAUGAGUACAUGGAAAUAGAAGAUCCUGAUCAAAUUGAUGAACUUAUUAAUGAAAUUCGUCUUGAACCAGUUCAUGUAGAUGAUGACGAGAACGUUGAUGACUUGGAUAUUGUUAUCACAGACUAUUCUAGACAAAUAAAUUUUAGUAAUAAUAACAAAAAUAACCAUACUCUUACACUUAAUCGUACAAUAUCCAACACCGAAGCUAAUGAACAUACUAUUUCACCUGUUCUUAGUGGUGCUGGCAGAACAAGAGUGAUGGGUCCUAAAGUCAAUCGUGAAAUGAAUUUUACAGCCAUUGCUGUCGAGAAAAAUCAAUUGACCAUACAUAGUUUAAAUGAACGUGAGGGAAUUACACCAACUAUAUUGGAAUUUGAUGCAAAAGCAAAGAGAAAAGAAUUUAAAGCUGGUAAGCCACCUAUUUUUGCACAUUUGUCAGCUUCAUUAGAAGGGCUUGCAAGCAUUCGUGGUUAUAAGGUUGAAAAAAGAUUUGAUAAUUUAAAUAUUGAAAAGGUUGAUUCAAAUAAUAAGGCAUUAUUUACUUUGAUGCAAGGUUUAGCGAUUGUAAGCGCAUCGCAAUUACUUAUCUUCGGUCAUUCUAUGAUUCGUUCUGGUCGUGAUGUUGCAGCAAUUAUGGAUAGUGUACAACAACUAUUAUAUUUCCGUCAAAAUAUACCAUCCGAGGCACCUAGUAUCAUCGAUGGAAAUCGACCUCCACCAAAUUGGGGUGAACGUGGAGAGAUUAAAUUCGAGAAUGUCAUCCUUCGUUACAAUUUAUAUGGUGUGGCUGUUCUCAAAGAUAUUUCCUUCCAUAUCAAACCUCGGGAAAAAGUUGGUAUUAUAGGAAAAACUGGGUCAGUCGAAUUAGCAGGUGGUUAUAUUUGGAUCGAUGACGUGGACAUUAGUACCAUUGGAUUACGAGACCUCAGAAAUAAGAUUGCAAUUAUUCCGCAAGAACCUGUGAUAUUUGCCGGCACAAUAAAAUCAAAUCUUGACCCAUUCGGUAAAUGUACGGAUGAAGAAAUAUGGAAUGCACUCGAAGCAGUUCAUUUAGAUGGAAAGGUUAAAUCAAUGCCAGAUAGAUUAGGAACAGCAGUUCUUGAAAGUGGAAAAAAAUUUUCACUUGGUCAAAGACAAUUAUUUUGUAUAGCCAGAGCACUUUUGAAAAAAACAAAUAUAUUAAUCUUGGAUGAGGCAACAAGUGCUGUUGAUGCGGCAACUGACCAUGAAGGACGUGUUGCAGAAUUUGAUACACUAAGUAAUCUAUUAAGUAAUCCGAAUGGAUUCUUUUACCAGUUAGUAGCACAUAGUGGACCAGAUAUAGCUCAAAGAUUAAGAGAAAAAGUAGGAAUACAUGAAAUACAUGAUGGAUCAUCAUCAAGUAAAAAUGUCGAUAAUAAUUCAAUAAAUCCACCAAAUACAAGUGAUACGAUAGAUAACCAACAAACAUCGACUCAUACACAUCAUAUGCCGCAAUCAUUAGAAGUUUUUGAACCAUCUCCACCUUCAACAACAUCAAAACCAUUAUAA